AUGACGCGGGACGAAGGGCGCAAACGAUCAAAAAUCGCCUGCCAGACAUGUCGCGACCUCAAAAGGCGAUGUGACGGCGCUCAACCGUGCGGCACAUGCGUGCGAUUCGAAUACCACUGCAUCUAUCAGGCCUCCAAGUCCCGGCGAAGAAGAGAGCUGCAGUCGGAUCCGGAGCGGAUCCCGGGGCUUUCCGGAGAUGCCGCAUCGGCUCCGGUUCCGGUUCCGGCGUUUUCAGAAACGAAGCUCGCCCGUGACGAGGCUUACUCUGCCGCGGCGAGCAAGGCUGUUCAGGCGCGUUCUGUAGAGGCGAAUUCCUGUCCGGCGUUUGUCAGGACGUUGGCCUUGAGGCUGGAUCCGAAGAGGAACCCUAGGAUGCACAACUUUGCAUGGAAUACCUUUCUCGGAUCACGACAAGCUGUGGAAUUGCAUGUCCCGGGAGUUCAAUCUAUCCCAGACGUCGUAUCACAGAGACGAAUGCAGGAGCUGGCAGCUGUAUACUUUCAGAAGGUCGAUCCAAUCUACGGCUUCGUCGAUCGUGACCAAAUCUUGCGUCGGAUCCAGCAGAGAUGGGCCCUGCAAAGCGUAACGCCAGAGCAAGACGCCGUGCUCUGUGGCAUCGCCGCACUAGGUUGUCUGUUCUCGCAAGUCCAAUCUGACGCUGCUGAAGUUGCGCUGGUUGAGCUAUCACGAGUCCUGCUGGAGACCACUCUGUACAGCACUCCGUCCGCUGACAGCAUCACAGCGUGGCUGCUACGCGUGGUUUACCUGAGAGUUGCAGGGACGCAUUAUGCCGCUUGGAUGGCGAGCUGCACGGUAAUGCACAUGAUUGAUGCUGCUGGAUUUUCUAUCGACGCGCCUGGAGAAGCCAUCCUUUCGUCUCUCAAUGAGGAAGUGAAUCUGGACACGAGGAAGAGGAUCGUGGCUAUUGCGCACCAUCUUAACAUAUGGAUGUCAUUCGACAUGGGCCUCACUCGAGUUGCCCUGUGUAAUGCUGCCAUGGCAAUUCCUAUGAAGAGAAAAGGAGACUUUACCCGCGAGCUGAUGGAACUGCUUCCGCUCUCAAUUGAGCUCGAUCCGCAGCGAAAACCUACCGCAUUUGAGCUGGAAGACGCGCUUCAAGUCGUUCUCAACCGCGUGCAUACAGCUCCGCCGUCCAUUCUCGCCCAGUGUAACCUGGCGCUGUGUCUGUGUCGACGACUGCGAUCCAUGGACGUUGCCCUGACGGAUUCCGUUCUCCAACAAGUCCUCAUCCUCACCUCUAAUGGGAUCCAGGCUGCGCAAGCUGUUCUCGUUGCGCGUGCCCCUUGGCAUCAGAUGACAUAUGUGCCGUUUCAGAUUGUCUGUGUGCUGCUUGCCAUAGACACGGUGUCUUCCAUCUCCCAGCUGCGAGACGCAAUGCAAUGCCUACGAGAUGUGUAUGCGGUCUAUAAGACCGAGGCGACGCGUGAGGCUUUGAGGACCGCUCGUUCGCUCGUCUUGUUGCAUCAAAGGGGAAAGGAGAUGUUUGCUUCGGCGUUGAGUGAGAUCUUGAAGAGUCGUCCGAUGAGCCCUGUUGAAGAUGUUGAAGAUGUCAUGGAUACUUCGCCGAUGCUGUUGGAGGAUGUGCCUGGUAUGGAUAGUUUUACGGAUCAGUUUUUCGGGCUCCAGUAUAGUGAUAUCGAUCAGUUGCUGAACCCUGAUUUCUUCUGGAAUAUUAACAGCAAUAGGUUUGGUUAA